AUGCGCGUACUGGAUUAUAAGGGUGUGAGGGAUGGCGCUGGCGUAUAUCUCUCAACGCUGUCCAGGCCUCUGCGGAGGUCAAGGAGGACAAAGACGCUCUGGGCCAUUGCAGGUAUCAUGGUGGUUCUUUUCCUGAUGUCCAGAAGCAGUCUGUAUCAGACCCUGGAUGCCGAUAUCCCUGAGCUAUAUCCUAGCCAGCCGGUGACCUCGCUUGCGGAGGAUGAGAUAUCGCCCGCCAUCAACUCCUCCCCUCCCAAAUUGAACGAAGAUGGCACAUUCGCUAGUGGCCUCACAAAACCAAACCAUUCCUUCCAUCUCAUCAUCCGCCGACCGAGCAAUGAGUCUGAUAUUUGCAGGACAAUAGCCACCGCCAUGAUUCUAAACUAUCCGCCGCCAACAGUGCUUUUCCUAGACGAGCUUAUCAAUGAAGAAGGGAAGCAAGAGCCAGGGAGAGCGGAUCCACUACUGGCUAUGCACAGGUAUCUCACAAAGAACACGAAUUUGAAAGAUGACGAUGUUAUCCUGGUUAUCGACGGCAAAGAUACCUGGUUCCAACUGCCGCCUGAAAUACUUCUCCAACGAUUCCACGACAUGCUGAAAGGGCAUAACAGGAAAAUAAAGUGGAGAUAUGGCUCUGUUCCGGAGAAGGCCACGAAAAAUGUGGAUCCUGGCACGCUGAAGUCAACACAGAAAUACUCACAGCGCAUUAUUUUUGCAGCUGAUAAAGUCUGUCGGCCGGAUCUUCCGCACGAUGCUUCCUGUGUUGCAGUGCCUUACUCCAACCUACCACCAGACAUCUACGGUCCCCUGACCGAUACUGGCAAAGACGUGGCACAAAACCGGCCCAGAUGGUUAAAUUCUGGUUCAUUUGUCGGGUUAGUGGGCGAUGUGAAACGUCUAUAUGAACAUGCAGCGGACCUUAAUUCCAAAAUCCCCAUCCCAGCCGACGAACAGCGUGUCCUAGCUCAAAUAUUCGGCGAGCAGGAAUACGCCCGAGAGCUAUAUAGACACCUCACGCGACCAAACUGGUACAUCUUCAUAGGCGAAUUAUUCGGAAUCCUCAAACGCGUAGACAUAUCACGGCUAUUCAUGCAGCUGGUCCCAGGACGCCGUUACGAAUUUGCCAUCGGCCUCGAUUACAAAUCCCAACUCUUCUUCACAAUGUCCCCUCAUUCCCAUCACAACCUGGAAUGGUUACAUUACAACAAUGUCUCGCAACUCUCCUCCGCACAGCUGAGACACGGCGUCCCUCGCGAGUCCCGCAUAAACAUACCAGCCGAUGUCUCCAGGUGCGGAAACCCUUUCACUCCACCACACCCGCUAACGACCCAAAUUCCAUCCCCUUACCAUUCUUCAGUCGAUAACCUUCCAAGCCCGCAAAAUGAAUCAUGGUACACCCUCUCCCUCGCCACAGACAUCCACUCCACCUCCGUUCCCGUUCUCCUCCACACAAACACCGAGGCCUCAGACCCCAACUCUCUCCACCUCUGGUGGCAGCACAUGUGGUACCACCCCUGGUUCCACGCGCUACUGCGCAAAUCCAUGUGUGCGUCGCGGGAACCCAUCGCGGCUCGUGCAGCUCUGCGCGGGGCCAACAUGGACGAGCGGGACACGCGUGACGGCAGAGGUGACGUGUGGACGGGUACUGGUGAGUGGUGUGAUUGGGCGAGUUUGUGUAAAGGGAAGGAAGGGUUAAGUUUUGUCAACGAUGGCUUUGGGAAAUGGGGAGAGGAUCUUGGAGGUGAUUAUCUCGCACCCGUUUAUGAUAAGUUUGGGUAG